AUGUCUUUAGAUGCUGCGAAUUUGCUUAGUCGCGCUCAUUCCGCAAGUGGCUUGCAUGUUACCAGUAGUGUUCUUUCGCGUCGCCCCUCGAUUUAUGGGACAGGAGAAGACAGGAUUGUCCUUGACAUUGGAAGUUUAUACAUAAAGGCCGGAUUUAGCGGGGAGUCCAGGCCAAGGCACAUUGUGCCUGUGUAUGCUGGCAACAUGAAGACACACUGGGAUCCCGAUUUCAACGGGAGCGGUGGAGUAGUAAAAGCAUGCGGUGAAAGUUGUAGGGUUACCGGCGAGUUUGCUGAAUUAUUUGACCUAGAAAUUGGAAAAUACCCCGAUGGUUUGGAUGCUUUAUACGAUCGAUUGGCACAUUAUCUUAGGGAAAUUUAUUUUAGGUAUCUUCUCACAGAUCCAAAACAACGCAAGGUUGUGUUAUGUGAAUCACCGAUGAUGCCUUUGACAUUGAAGCAGUUGAUUGCCAAAGUUUUGUUCGAGAACCUCCAGGUGGCGUAUCGUUCACAGAUUACCUCUGUAAAC